GUGCUAACAGUGAAGGAUAUCCUUCUCAUAUUGAAGAUCACUGCUGGUUCACAACUCUACCAGCACAUGGUGAAUGCCUUACUUGUUUAUGUCAUAUUAUUAUAGUCCUAAAUAAUAAAUACAGCUGUAUUAAUAAAAAUAAUAACAAUGAAGAAAUCUAAAAAUGAUAGAAAAUAAUGUAAUAAUAUUGUUGUUGUGAAAGGUUUGAAUCCAGGAGUCAUUUCAAAAGUAGGUUGAGUUUGAUCGUCCGGGUGAACAUAGUCCUGAAUAGGACUGUUGUUGUUGACAGUGACUGACGUUUCGACAACCUGUGCGGUAGUCAUCUUCAGAGUCAAAGUGAGUUGUAUCACGUCAGUUGAUGGCGUUGUACUCUGGUUAUUGAUCUGAUUGGUCAAUUACGUAGCGAUGUUAUUAAAACUGUAAACACUGUAAACUGUAACUUGUCCGGGGUUCCUUAAGCUUUUAAGUUAAACCUUUUUGGUUUUAGGACUGACUAUAAUUUUUCAUUAUGUUUUGUUUCGAGGAAAUGAUGUUGGACAAGAAUACACCAUCAAAAGGUAUUUUACAUUGAUCAUUUGUUUUAACAAUAACUGAAUAAAACUAGUUUGGUUAUCUUUUGUUUUGUGUCAAAUUGUUUAAUAUUAUAGUAAUGAAUUCAUCUAAAACAUAACAAUCCUCAUACUUCAUUGGGAGGAAUGACAAUUAUUGCACAGCAGAUUUGUUUUAUCAUCAGAAUAAAACACUCUAAAAUUAGAAAAAAAUCUAGCUCACUGUAGUUUUAAAAUGUAUAGUCAAGAUACUCUUUAUCAUAAUGACUGAGGAAGAAUUUGAUAUCCAGCAAGAAUAGACACACACAACUGAAAUUCAGUGGUUUGAGGGACAGCAACAAGUGGUGUUUGGGACUAACAUUUUUCACUUUAGUUAAAAUAGUUAUUGUUUGCUUUAUUUAAGUGUUUCCCUUAAGGAUCUUCUUUUUAAAAUAUUUGCAGGUUUACUUACAGAGUUAUUAAGUCAUCUGGCAUGGUCACACAGUUGUGAAAAGAAUUCAAAAGCAGUUCAAACAAUCUUACAGGGACAAUCCUCAAUGGGUAGGUCAGAUUUCUAGAAAAUAAAAAAUUAUUUAAGAUUUAUUAUCAGAACAAGAAAAUGAUGUGAUAUGGAAUAGUGCAGUGGUGAGUGUUUGUUUUUCAACACAACCCUUCAUAAUCAAGUUAAGUAUCAUGUCAUGCAAUAAUUCUCUUGCAGUUGUUGCUAAGGAAGGGGGGAAGGGGUAAUGACUAAGCUGCAGUGCUUCAAUGGUGAUCUACAGUUAAGCUGUUUAUUGUGUUUAUACUUUCUUAAAUAUUAAUUAUUGUACUGUCAUUUUAGUUGUAUUUAAUAGUUUUACUAAAGUAAAGCUCAAAGCGUCCCUUAUCUCUUCUUUGUAGAAUUCCUUUCUUUAAAACAUUUGCCCGUUCCUUCAUUGCAGUCCAGGAUAUGAACAGUUGCUUUUUCAGGGCUGGAGAUUAUUAAUGGCUGCUCGAUUGCCCGGGGCAACUAAAAAUUUCAUCUGGGCAAUAAGUUAAGGAUCCCAGUUGCCCAAUCGGGCUACUGAAAUUUCUGUGAAAGUUGUAGGUUAACAUGACUCGGUAUUUUUCUAUCAAGUCUAUCUUUUGAACUAUCGAAACUGUUUUUAUGGUUGUGAAGGUUUGUAUUUAUGUGCGUUGUGCGUGACUGCAUAAAUUAAAGAGAUUGAAAUAUGAUCUUGAAUACCCACCGCAAUUCAUUUUCAAAAACUGGAAUGUUUUUGUGAGCCUUUCAAAAGUUACUACAAAACGUGCAGGAAAAAAUAGGUAGGCAGAUAAUGCUGAAUAAAUGAUAAGAAACCUCUGAGUGUACCUUUUGUGUUCGUAGCAAGAUAAAAAAUGCCACAAACUUGCAAAAGUAAUGUCACUUGUAAUUUGAAACCUCCUGCUUUUCCAAAGAUCGCAACUUUUUAUCAGUUUUUACUUCAUGCAAUUUAGCUACCUAACGCUUCUAAUGCUGGGGGAAAAGUUAUGAUUUUGAUGUCAAAGCUUUUUUGACGACUGUUAUAAAUUAUAAAUUCAUUCAAGGCCAUUUUCAGACGAGAAACUUCAACUGCACUGCAGUGAAAGUCACAUUAAGUGAAUUUCAAGGCAAAAGUGCUUCUUUGUUUACCUUUUGUUGGCAGAAAUAUUUUUUUGCCUACUGCUGACAACUAAACGUUUUCUGUUUUCGUUUCCAAAGGGCAGAAUGACCAGGGUUUGUUGUUUGUUCACUGGAAGUUAGUCUGAGAAUGAUAAGUUUUAGGUGCCUGUUCGGGCUCCCCAUUUGAAAUUUUGGUCGCCCAAUGGUAAAAGCAUAUGUAGGCGCCCAUUAGGCAGCAGCCUUGUGAGUUCCAAUCUAUUUCGAUUUGGCGAGUAAGUGUGUAAAAAUAUUUGUAUAGAAUAUCAUCCUCAUUUAUCCCCUGAUAACUUUGAACUUGAAUAUUAAGGAUGUUAAGAAUAUUAAGUUUCGCAGAUUUAGCUUUAUUUAAUUUGUUUGUACGGAAUGUUUUGGGCAACCAACUUAAAAAAUUCAUGUCGACCUCUGUUUUUUCUCUUGGAGAUACUUUUCAAAACACGUUCUGCCAUUCUGCUGCCAAAACACCUGAGCUACCUUGCCAUUGUCUUUGCCUGAUGUCAGUGGUUCCUGUUUUAUGCCCAAAAAUAAAUUAAAGCAAACGUCUUUGGUUACAACUGGGUAGUUAUGAAGAAUUAGUUUUGAAUGAGUGGAUAAACUAAACCAGCUAGUCUGUUCUUUGAAAUUGAGGUGAAAUGUGGUAGACUAAGUACUACACAUAGUUCAAAUAUUUCAGAAAUGUUGAUUGCUAGUGGACCAAUCACAAGAAGGACCAGGACACAUAAUAAGCUCACCACAGAACCACACCACUGUUAGCGUUGUUGCCUGGGGUAUAGUUUUCUCAAGCUUUAUUGGCUUUUUCCAAGGAAUACAAUAGCGGACAUUCCAGAAAUACCUUUGCCAUUCACAUUAAUUUAUUUUUUUUCAGUUUCACAGUAACAAAUUAUAAUGAAAUUCAUUUGGGAAUUGAGUAAUUUUAAUUUUCGGUGGACAAAAACCUUGUACCAGAAUAAUUUCAAGCAUAUUACAAUUCUUUUUCACACUUUUCAAUGGCUAUAAAUGUAAUAAGUUGUAUGAAAUAACUCCGAAGAAAAGGUUCUUAUUGGAGCCCAAGAAGCAAACUUUAAAAGCCUCAAAUUUCACAAAAUAAAAUCUUAUGCAUGACGAUUUUAUCUGUGUCUUCUCAGUUCCUAUGAAAUUUGAAAUUUAUCUUCUUGCAUUGGGCUCCUGUUAGAAAUUGUCUUUGGUGUUAUUACAGGUAAUUAAAGCCUUUGAAAAGUGUAAAAAAGAAUGUGAUAUGGAUUAAAAUAUUCUGGUAAAAGAUUUUUUCCUCUGAAAAUUAAAAUUACUCAAUUUCCUAAUGGAUUCUGUUUUAUACCGUUAUUGUAAGUGCAGUGAGAUUUUUUAAAUGUGCCAUAAGAACCUUUUUGUUAUCAGCUGUAUUAUUAUUAUCAUUAUUAUUAUUAUUAUUAUUAUUAUUGUUAUUGUUAUUAUAAUAUUGUUAGUAUUAUUUUAUCCAUAAGUGAUAGCUAGUGUGUUUUUAGCAAAGUUAUAUGUUUCUGUUGGUAGAAGAUCAACUUCAAAAUGUUGAAAAGCAGUAUACAAAGAAUCUUCAGACAGAAAACCAGAAAUGGAGUUCACACACGGAAAAUCGUUUAUUAGAAUUACACAGGCAGUGGGAACAGAAAAAGAAGAAAAUGUUGGAUGAGGAGGUGAUGGACCAGUGCUUAAUAAGACAUUGAUUCAUGUACAUACUCUAAAGUUGUAAUUUAAGCGUAGCUACUAUCCAUGAGCUUAAUUUUGAAGGGUUUCAAAAAAAGGGACACGUACCAGGAUUCUGUCUGGUCCGUGAAGUAGGGGUGAGAAUUUUUAGGUCAGAGGUUGGGUCUUAAAUUAUAUAACCCCCCAUUGCGUGGAUGUUAAAAAAAAUUACUGAAUGUAUUGACAAUGAUACAGAUGAAAUAAUGACAGAUCUGAUCCUCACAGAACUUUUGGCUUGCCCCUUGAUCCCUCCCCGGCCCGAAAAUCUCAAUUCCUAGAUAUGUUUACUUCUAAUGGUUUUUGAUAGUAUUCCUUCCACAAGUUUUUUUUGACAUUUGCCCUAGUUAACUGAUGAAAGUGUGCUAUUAACAGCUUGAGUACCUAAAGGCUACAGAAAUAGCUCGAGUGAGGCUUGAGGAGAAAGAAAAACAUCAAAGGGAAGUCCAAAAUGUCAGAAAACAGGUGACUACUUAUUUUGUAUUGUGGUGCAGUGAGGGAAAAUAAGAGGCUGAAUUGUAGCAAUAGACUGCUAAGGAGUAGUGAUUUGACUUCAAGUUGUGUAUUGUUCAAUUCAAUGUAGAUGUUAGAGGUCAAAAUUAAAUUCUGGUUAAAAUUUUUUAUCUUAGGUUGAUUCUCAAUUUCGUUUGUCUGCUAGCCCUGAUUCAUGAAUAAUUAGGGCUAGGAGACAAAGGAAAUUGAGAAUCAACCUAGGUUAAAAAAUUUUAACCUGAAUUUCAGUUAAUUUUGACCUGUAACAUAGACAUAAAGUAUUAGGAAGGAGAAGCAACCUCUGACAGCAGGAGGCUCUUAUUUACACAAAGCAUUAAGAAUAUAAACAAACAUGCUAGCAAGAGACCUCUCAUUGUGGCCAACUCACCCUGUGUGGCAAGAGGUUACAAGUGUACCUUUGCUCAUAUUGCCCUCUCAAAAGAAACUCAGCUUGAUGUCUCCAGUAAGCUCACCUGGACAAAACCAGUCAGAAGCCUGGCAUUUUGUAAUUGGAUAGUUGUAAUGGCAUAGGAGCUGGCUGCAAAAACUACUGUGCUCAGCUUAUGUUUACUCUCAUCUGGGUAUGUUAGUGAUGUAUGGGCUUCUCAUUAAUCUGUGAUACAUAAUGUAUGAGAGGAUCCCCAGCAGCAUGCUAAACUCUUCAUACUUGGCUGCAGCCAUCUCCACCACCUCAAGGCAAACUACAAGUAUCGCUUUUAUAAUAGUCCUAUUGCAUCUACUCCCUGUCUAAUAAUUAGAAUGCUGGAACCUCUGUGUUAUGUACAAAUAGUUAAAUGGUCUUGUUAGUUAAUUUUAUUAUCUCACUUUUAUGGGUGCACUUGAAAUUUGAGCCUCAGUUCCCUGUGGUUUGUUACCUCCUUGUUAAGGAAGUGAAACUUAAAUAAUAGCAGCUCUAUGGAGCCAUCCACUACUUGCGAUUAGGCAAUUCUCAAGUUUUGAAUGAAAAUCCACGGAAAGGAAAUAUAUUCUUCCCGACAAACUAAACAGGGACUUUUGCACAUAGUGUGUUUGCAUCUUGAAGACAGUUUACCCUUCCACUUCUAUAUCAUUCUGGGGUUGUUUAAAAUGCCAUAGUGCUUAAAAAUGCUCUUUCUAAUUGUGUUAUCCGGCAUUAAAAAACUAAAAGUUAAUACUAUUCAGACAGCUGUAGAAGUAGCUAGAAGUCACUGAUACACGUCUGAAUUCAUUAGCCUGCAUAGCAGGUGCUUGGAAUUCGUAUGCAACAAAGACCCUUGCGCGCCCUGUUCUUUCUUGUGCCCAUUACUUCCAAGCGCUAGCCCGCAUAGCAUGCGUUUCGAACCUUCGCGCAAUAACUCGAGUGGAAACGCUUGCUACGCAGGCUAUCCAAGCGCCUGCUCCGCGGGCUAUGAAUUUAUUUGCUAGAGCCAUUCUAAUGUGCUAUUUUGAUGAAGGAUGUGUACUGUGGCUUUAAUAGUAAAGUAAAGUAAAAGCUUUAUUAAUGUGUCAAUGUAUUUAGUUUUCACAACUAAUUGGGGACACAAAAAUAAAAAUUAUUUACAAAUAAGAAAUAAUAAUAAUAAUAAUGUAUAUACAAUUAAAAUAUGUGGCAUGUAUACAUUGUAUAAUAAAACAAUAGUUAUACAAAAGGUAGUCUUUAAUCCAUUAAACAUUGACAUUUCGUUUCAGCUUGAGCAAGAGUUUUCUGCAAAGGCAGAAAAACUGAAGGCCAAUGAAAGAGAAAAGCUUCAUCUUCUGAACAACCAAAAACAGGUGCGCUUUUAAUGAUUGGGUUACUUGACAUGUGUUUGGCACACAUGAUUUAUCAGGAUCAGUAAACGUGAAGGAUCUUUAAAAUGUCGAGAAUUGUUGCUCCAUUUGUUAGAAAAAUGAGGAGGUCAAUUCUUCAUUUAUGCCUAUUAUUAUAGCCGUUUUCUCCUCGCAGCAACGUCUGAAUAAACAGGCCGUUCAUGCUGUCCAGUGACGUCACUACCCAAAAACCGGGUAGUGACUUUGGGUGCGUUCCUUUGGAAUGGUCCGGAUCAGGAUCAGUGAUCCGAGAUCACUCGGAUCAUAGUAGAUCAAGUGAACCGAUGAAUCCUUGUCCAGAGUGGAUUCAUCGGUUCAUUUGAUCUACUAUGAUCCGAGUGAUCUCGGAUCACUGAUCCUGAUCCGGAUCAUUUCAAAGGAACGCACCCAAAGUCAAAGUUGAUUGUCCAAACUUUUGCAUAAUUAUGUAUAAUUAUGAGAAAUUUAGCGAGACUGUCGUCUGUUAUUCAGCGGCUUGCGUCCGCCCAGGCUCGCAUGCCUGACAUCAGUGCUUGCGUUCAAAAAUUUUGACAAUCUUUAUCGUAAACAGCAAGGUUACCUUUGUCUUCGAAACUAUGAAUUGUUAAAUUGAACUACGAAUGAAGAAUCAUUGUGGAGAGUAGGUAGGUUUUUCAUUUAUAGAGUCUCUUUGUGGUUUCAGCAUUGAUUUUGUUUAUGCGAAGUUUUCUGUUAUUUAAGUUAAGCUUAUAAAAUUAUUCGACUUUCUGGUCAUUUCCACCGUCAAGUGUAAUAAUUCUGUUAGCUUUUCUUUCUGGUUUCCUUGUUUUCUUUCUCCGUCUUCUUUAAGGACCAAAUAGCUUCUUUUCAAUCAAAACAAAUCCUUGUGUUUUUGAACUAAGUGUUCCGUGUGUAUAAUUUUUUAAUUACGUGAUUGCGAUCGAGUUUGAUUAUAGUCGAACCUCGUCUUAGUAACGGCUACCUUUCCACAACGGCCACUGAAUGUUGUCCCAGCAGACAGACCAUACAUUGACUCUUAUUUAAACCUCUCUACGACGACAACAGCCACUAAAGCGUGUGCCCAACUGCCAAAAUAACGUCGACAACAGCCAAUGUUUUCAGCGACUGCAUGGUGAAAAAGUCAAGAAUGGGUAUGAAAUUUAAUCCGUGUGGCGCGUUGACCGCGGCGAUCGCGUUUUGAUUACUGUCUCUGCUGCUACAGUAAGCAUAGCAAAUGUUGCGAACCUUUCUUUUUUUGUCAUGUUACCAUUUUGAUUCAAAACAUAAUUCAAGUUUUUUGUGAAUUUUAUCUCUAUAUAUUAUUUAAGAUUGGAUAAGUACCAUUAUGGGAGACAGUAAGCAUGAACUUACAGUAGCACAAUAAAUAUGUAUUACCCCCACGCCCCCGAAAAUAAAAUUGUCACAUUACAUCCCUAUCUCCCCAGUACGGCCACCUCUCUACAACGGUGAGAGGGGUUUGACUUUAUAGUCUCUUCCAGGCUGGCUCUCAGAUAGUAGGGAAGACGCGAAAUUGAAAGGCACGCGAAAAGUUGGCGUAGCGGAAAAAGGAAGCCGCUGCACUUCCUCUCCCCAGUUUACUCCCGUUUUUUUUUUUAUCUUCGCGCUUUCUCAAUUCAGCGGACCCGACAAUCUCGGAGCCUGGAACAGGCUAGUUUGAUUAUUGAAUCACAACCGGUUCAGAAUGCUGCAUGCAGUUGACAGUUAGACGUUUAAAUAUGAAUUACGAUCGCAAAGAGUAAAGCAAUUCUAAACGAUUUCUUGGUUUGCCCGUUGAAAAUCGUGUUUUACUUUUUGCAUGAAUUGAAGGAAAGGAGUAGUGAUGUCGCUGGACUGCAUUAACGAUCGGUUUAUUCAGACAUUACUGAGAGAAAAAACGUUCCAAGUAAUCGUCUGGAAUUCAGGCUAUAUUAAUAGCCAUUACACGACACAUCGACACCGAACUAGCCAGUUGUAAUUAGCAGUGCUCCUGAUCCCUGCAAGAAUGAAGACAGUGAAAGGGGUGCAUCAGAAUUUAGGUGUUCGAUGGCGAACUUGAGAUUUCUAUCCGUCGCUAGAGGCACCUACGGCACCUAAUAAAUUGCUUUAACUACAUUGUACGGAAUUGUUCGGUUGAAAAAAUUGCUUCCAAAAUUAUUCUGAAAACGGUGUUUUCCGUCCAAAUUUUAUCCGUCAUUUGAGCAGGAAUGAAGGUACCUUCAAUAGGUCCUUUGCAGCAGGGAAUCAUGUGAACCUGCUCUUGCCAAUUUAGAAUACAGUAGUACGUCACACAAAAACCUCAAUCAAACAAAACAAAAAUGUUUGUGACAACGAACUUCAACAAUAACUGAUAUUAUUGUUAAACCUUUGAAGUUGAUAUCCUGUUAUCGUUCUAAUCUUAGCUUAUUAUUUGUACUUGUUGUGACAGCUUCAAGAAGAAGAAGCUUACAUUCAGCGGCAAAAACUCCUGGAAGAUAUGCUCUCUCUUAAGGAGCGAGAAUCAGAAUUUGACUUGAGACAGCAGAUGAAAACAAAGUAGGCAAAGCGCUAAAUUUCAGAUGAUCUUUGAUUGUUAUCAGCUAAGAUGAAAUCUUGCGAGCAGCGUUUUUGCCUUGCUUAUGAUCAGUCAAGUAGAAUUUCUUGUGCCGGUCAGAAGAAGACUUAAAUUAAUCGCGCAACGCUUGAAUGGAUUUUCCUGCAUUUUACAGGUGCGACAUAUCUUUGGUCUGAUUAAUGACUGUUCAGGGGAUUGUGGGUGUACCUUAAACACUGCUGUGACUGAUUUCCGUUUAAUGAAACUUACCUUAAGUAUCUUGGUACUUUGGUGUAUGUAUGGUUCAUAUUUAUGGCAAUUCAUUGUAGGAGUUUGCAGCUUGAGGAAGAAAGGAUUAAGGUAUUGUCAGAGGAACUGAAAAUAAAGAAAUCUCUUCUGGAAGAUGCAGAGACUAACUAUCAUAGACGACUGGACGAAGAAGUUAAAAGGUAAUUAACUUCUUCAUGCAAUACCUUUUGCUUAAGGUGGCUCCGUCAUUAAUACAGGCGCAUUAAGCUGGGACGAUUUUCGUCAUAACUUUUUCGUUUUUAACGCGAUGGCUGCGAAACUUUGCAAAGAACAACAUAUCAUUCGGCAAUAAUACGAAAUAUUCCGAUUUCAUUGACGGUAAAUAUAUUGUGCUAAAUUAGCGCUUAAAAGGACGCUACUGUUCAAAGAAAAUCGCGUCUAGUAAAAAAAUUUGUUGAUAUUUUUUACUGAAAUUUCUGGUAUCGACUUUAAUUGAUAUAAUAAAUGUGCCACAGGAAUUUCAGAAAAAUCGUUGGAGCCGAAGUUUGUAACUAAAAGUUGCUGAUAAUUCAGCCGUGAAAUUGUUUUGCAAUUUCAAAAAUAAAUUACUAUCAGGUGGAAGGAGCCACCAGUUCGAAUUUUCGGGACAAGUAAAUUCAAAGUUUGCUAAUUCUUAAAACAAAAGCCGAUCAUGCUAUUCUUUAAAACGUAGUUUUUUAGUUUUAGAAGCACUAUAAAUUGCUUCAAACCUUACUCUGAAGUAGAAUGACUUGUUCCUCGACAUUUUUAAAAUAUCCCUUGGCAGUUUUGGCUUAAACUCUUGCUGCAUACAUUUUGAUGUAUUGCAAUACACAUUCAACGAUUUUUACUGCUGUUCGUUGCUCCCAUCUCAGGAAAAAGGUAUUGAGAAUGGACGCUACCUCGUAUCGAAGCUCAGAUAGAACUGUCCAGCACCUUUGUUUGUGACUACAAAAUGAGCACGAGUGGAAGUUCUGCGAAGAAUUCGCACCUCACCCAGGGGGGACGAACGACAAUGAUGCCCAUGCCUGUGAACCGAAUACAUUACAGUGUAAAAUAAAAUUAUCGCAAAAAUACUGCCCGUGAAUAAAUUUACAACUCUGAAAUUUUUGUCACUCCUUCCUUCAAUGAAUGAGUAGUAUUUUUCUUGAUUAUUAUGUUUUGCUCUGCAAGAUCGGUUCGCUGGCAUGGGCAUCAUCGUUCGUCCCCCCUAGCUGAGGUGCGAAUUCCUCGCAGAGCUGCCGCUCGUGCUCAUUGUCUGGUCAUAAACAAAUGUGCUGGACAGUUCUAUAUGAGCUUCGAUACAAGGUAGCUUACAAUCCCAAUACCUUUUUCCUGAAUUGGAAGCAACGUACAGCAGGAAAAGCCGUUGAGGAUGCAUUGCAAUACCUCAAAAUGUAUGAAGCAGGAGUUUGAGCCAAAACUACUAAGGGAUAUUUUGAAAAUGUCGUGGAACAAGUCAUUCGACGUCAGAGCAAGGUUUGGAGCAAUUUAUAGUGCUUCUAAAACUAAAAAGUACCUUUUAAAGAAUAGCACGAUAGGAAAUCAGCUUUUGUUUUCAGAAUUAGCAAACAUUGAAAUUAAUUGCAUGUCCCGAAAAUUCGAACUGGUGGCUCCUUCUACCUGAUAGUAAUAUAUUUCUGAAAUUCCAUAAUUUUCACAGUUACGGACUUCUGCUCCAACGAUUAUUCUGAAAUUUCUCUGGUAUAUUUAUUACAUCAAGAAAAGCCGAUACCACAAAUUUCAGUAAAAAAUAUCAGCAAAAUUUUUUCUAGACGCCAUUUUUUUGAACAGUAGGAUCCUUUUAAACGCCAACUUCUCAAGAAAUAUUUUCCAUCAAUGAAAUCGGAAUAUUUCAUAUUAUUACCGAAUGGCCUCUGUUGUUCUUAAAGUUUUGCAGCCAUCGCGUUAAAAACGAAAAAGUUAUGACGGAAAAUUUGUCACAGUUAAGUGCCCCAGUAUUAAUGAUGGAGCCACCUUAACAGUGUCAACUGAAAUUGUUCAUUUUUGCUUGUCUAGUUUUACAGCGCCACUGUACUUACUCCAGUGACUGUUGUCUGAUGACAGGCAGGGCUCAAAGUUUAAAUUUGAGUUUGGGACCACUUGUGCUACCAGAUGUAAAUUUUUAGGCGCACUGCCGAAAUUUUAGGCGCACAGCUGAAAAUUUUAGGAGCACAGCUUAUAAUGUUGGGAGCAUCUAUUUCAAAAGAAAAAGUAAAGUUUAUUUGUCAUCUUCAGUUUGUCACUUUUACUUCAGUCCUAUGAUUGAUAAAACACAGCCGAUUUGCUACGCAGUAAUACCGUUGUGAUUUUUAAUACUAAUUUCUCUAUUUGACAGUACAGUUGUGACUAAAGAAAACUUGAAACUUGAAACUUGAAAAACAAUUCAAAACUGACAACAAUGAGUGUGUCGAACAAGAAUGAAAAUUAAUCUUUAAUGAAUUUGUUAAAUGCGCAAUGACUUACAUGUAACUGAAAUACGAAAUAAAAAACUUUCUUACCUGAAAAAAAAGGCUCUUAAUUCGCACUGUUUUUGUUUUGAUUGACGUUAAAACUGAACGUUCGACAUGAUCGUCCAUUGCGCAAAAAAUACGUGCUUCGUUCGUAGCAUAUAUUUGCAUGUGUCAGCGGUGUUUAUUACAAAACAGAAGAGUCUGGGAUGGAGUAAAACAUCGAAACGAAAAAGAACAUUCGAGUUCGUAGAAUCCAUUGGGAGAAAAGACCAAUUAAACAUACACCGUCUUUCUAGUUCGAGUUCGUAAGUGUAGUCGGAAGUAAGUCAGUCGCACUGUGCUUUGGGUUUUACGGCGCACAGGUGCGAUUGUACAUGAAUUUUUAGGCGCACAACCAAAAAUCCAGUCGCAUAUGCGACCAGUUAGUCGCUAACUUUGAGCCCUGUCAGGUCUGUAAACAUCAGGUCGUUUCCCAGUGAAACAUUACCGCCAGGUUCUGUUGUUCUUGUGCGGUGUCUACUUUGUUAAAACGGCGUUGGGUCUUGUCGCAAGGCGGCCUUUGCCGGUUCUUAGUUUGUUGAGUACGCUUUUUCUGGGAGAACAACAGUUAGAAAAAGAUAAGAUGACUGCAACAACUUGAAACAUGUUGUAGUAAAUACACAACUAGGAAUGAUAGUCUGCUACUAUUUCACUCCCAUGGCUAACCAUUUCACUUACAGGUAUCAACUAAAAUAUGAAGAGGAAUCACGCGAAAGAAAGAGAAGUCUAGAGCUCAAAGAAAAACAGUUGCAACGUAAGUAUGAAAUAGCUUAUCGUACCAUCUACAUCGAUACAGAUGGCCUUCAAGUAACUAAAGCCUUUUCAUGAAUCUAACGGUGCUGACUCCGAUCUUAUCGCGGUCUGGUUGAUCACUGACGUGAACGUUCACAUAAACAGCAUGACCUAUCAAAAUUUUUUUUUGGGCAGUCAUUUGACCUGAGCUUUGUAGGUGUCUUAGUUCUCCAGGGAUUUUGGGUCAGAUUUGGGAGGGUCUGAGGGUGUCUUAGGGGGCGGGGGAGGGGGGUGGUCUGAGUUUGCUAGUCAGAUUUGGAGGGGUCUGAGCUUUCUAGGUGUCUUAGUUUUCCAGAUUUGGGGCGGGGAGGGGGGCGGUGGUAUGAGUUUGCUAGUCAGAUUUAGAGGGGUCUGAGCUUUCUAGGUGUCUUAGUUUUCCAGAUUUGGGGCGGGGAGGGGGGCGGUGGUCUGAGUUUGCUAGUCAGAUUAAGAGGGGUCUGAGCUUUCUAGGUGUCUUCGUUUUCCAGAUUUGGGGCGGGAAGGGGGGCGGUAGUCUGAGUUUGCUAGUCAGAUUUGGAGGGGUCUGAGCUUUCUAGGUGUCUUAGUUUUCCAGAUUUAGGGGCUGAGAAGGGGGCUUUCAAGGGGGGGGGGGUAGGGGCGGUGGUAUGAGUUUGAGUCAGAUUUAGGGGGUCUGAGCUUUCUAGGUGUCUUAUUUUCCAGAUUUGGGGCGGGAGGGGGCUGGUAUGAGUUUGCUAGUCAGAUUAAGAGGGGUCUUAGGUGUUUCGUUUUCCAGAUUUGAGGCUGGACAGUCAGAUUUGGAGGGGUCUGAGCUUUCUAGGUGUCUUAGUUUUCCAGAUUUGAGGCUGGACAGCGAGUGAGGAAGUGACUUCACUGACAAGGUCACCUUCAUGUUACCAUUCUUAUCCUGUAAUUCUCUGUUGUGCUGGUCAACGUGAGUGAAAAGACAUCUUUGAUCCGUGAUUAUUUUCUGUUGUAGAAGAGAGAGAAAAUUUUGAAAACGAGAGAAGUAAUUGUUCCACUGCUUCCCACGAGUUACAAAGAACCAAAGAAACGUUAAAAGUGUUACAGGUGUGUUUUAUUGGAAUUCUUUAAAAAACUAAGUCAGAAGAUGGUGGUAAUUCUCUAAAGUUUCUAAUUAUAUUUGUUCCAUUCCAUGAUUUUCAAAAGGAAUGGCCACGACUGACAUUCCCUGAAGAGAAUCGUGUGUGAUAAUGUUGAUGCGACAGUUCAUCCGUCCGUCCUUGCACUUCAGUCUCAUUUAUAGACUUCAGGCCUUUGUGUUACUGUGAGCUACUGAAGUUUUGUGAUGUUCUUAAUUUUGUCUUUCACUCAGGUUGAACUUCAAAACGAUAAAUCUCAGUCUACGAGCGCUCUAAAGGAAAAAGAAGCCACGAUUAAAAGGUUAAAUGAGGUAAUGAUGUAGAUAAUUUAUUUUGUUUGUAUUUCCCAAGACCGGAAAUCAAUUAAGGAACUGGUCACAUGUAGUUACCAAUAACAAAACUUUAACGGCGUGGCGUGUGAACAGGUAAGCACAAUAUUUAGCCCACCGAUUGGUUAGUGCAGGUACAGUUGUUUUUUUGAGGAGACUGUCACUGUCCUGUUCUCUUUUAUGACCGUUAGCAGCAGGUGAAGUGAGUUGUUAUUCGGUUUCUAUUAAAGGAUUACAAGGAUGUAAAGGAAAGAGAGGUGGCCCUUUGCGAGCAGAACGCCUCAUUACAAAGGUUAGACGUAGACCGUAUCUUCCUCUUUUCUAAUGCAGGAAUCCUUUCUUUACUUACCGUGUUAAAUCGAACGCAACUUUGCAUCUUUUUUUCUCUCGGCUAGAAAGUUGCUCAGUUAUGAAGAGGAACUGAAAGGUAUUGGGAAUGACAUUUUUAUGAUACGUGUUGUUACCAAACAACAACAACAACAACUUUUGUAUGCAGGAGUUGAAUAGCUUGCCCUGCAAAUAGCUGGAAAGCUAUAGCCGUGGCACUAAAAACAAAAAUAUUAAACUAUUACAAAGCCUUUCAGAUUGCAACUUAGAAUAAAUAAAAGAAGUUCAGUGAUCUAAUUAACUACACAGCACUUACUGACAUACUUAAUUUAUUAAUAUAAGAAUGCACUAAGAUAGGGAGUCACUGACUCUUAAAGAUGAAUAACGAAGAAGAGAAAAAGCAGACAUUUAAACGUUUAACAAGUGUAUCUAUCUACAUAAACCGAUUUUUCAAUAGUCAUGGGGAUUUGAAUAUAGUCAUCUUCUUUUUCUAAGAUAUCAAAUAGCAAUUGUUACCUUUCUGUGAAAUUUCUUUUGCGAUGUUGUUUAUGACUUUGUUCUAAGGAAACCAGCAAACAAUAAAGGAACUAACAGAUAAGUCAUCGAAGUCAUCAACAGACCUGGUAAGGAUUUUGUAUCGUUUGAAGUCAAUUUAUCACCACCGCCAUCAUAAUAUUUAUUUGAUUGAGCAGGCUAUAUAUAUAAAGCAGCUUGAAGCCCGAUGUAGUUCUCGUUAGCUAUACAAGUCCUUGUUGUGCUGUAUAAUACGCAAGUAAUAUUAUAGAUUCCUAUUCUUAUUAUAGAUUAUAGAAGUCGAGCUCUAUACUAUGUUCGCUUGUUGAAUACCUUUGUUUUAAAAUGUUAAACUAGUUGAAUCAAGUUAGGAACAUAAAGUAUUUACUCACGAUCACGUUGGUUGUGGUAGGCUGUUAAAGUAAUUUGUUCUUACCUUUAAAUCUGUUAUAUUAGCUACAUUUACGGGAUAAAUUUAAACAGAUGGAAAAAAACAGCAAAUCGAAAGAAGUGUCAUGGAAAGAGUUGCAAAAGAGGAUUGAAUUCCAGCUGAAUGAUGAGGUAUGAAAGCUGCUUCAGAGGCAAUAGGCCCGCAUUCCCAGUUCCAAAAACCCUCGCUUCCAGUGUUUUCCCGGCUUCGUGUUCUUGAAGGCUUUUAUUUUCGAGCGUUCUGUCAACCAAAUGACCGAAAAGUAUUUUAAACUCCUCAAAACAAAGAAUUUUACGGCUGAAGGCUGCCUUUGUUGCUAGGGUGAAUUUAGUAACAGCAGAAAGUCUAGAAUUGGUACUGAAACCCACGAAAAAAAUGUUAGCCUACGGUGCUUCGGAAGAAACCAGUAAUCAGAGAGAAUAGCUGUGUAUACUUUUUGUUUUUCAGUAUUUACUUUCUUUUCUUGUUAGGAUAGGCUUGGGUCACGACUUGCGUAUUCUUUGAGACAAGUUACCGUAAAAUUCGGAAAAUAAGCCCCUUCAUGUAUAAGCCCCUCCAAAUAUAAGCCCCCCAAACCAGUAACCGAAAAAACCCUCCGUUAAAUCGCCCCUCCAAAUAUAAGCCCCCAAGGGUUGUACUUGGAAAAUUGCCCUCAAAUACAAAGUAAAACGGUAAAUUUACUUCCAACUAUAAGGCUAGCCCAAUCGAUUUUGAAACGCAAAUUUCCCUCCGUAGAUAAGCCCCUCAAAAAUGGCCUUUGAAAAAUAUAAGCCCCGGGGCUUAUUUUCGGAAUUUUACGGUAUUUAAUAAAGGGUUUAGUUUUAUCGCAAAUGGGUGGGGGGGAAUGCAAGUACACUGUAAAUCAGAUAUAUCUGUUUUGUUUUGCCUUUUGAUUGGGCUGUUUUGGCUACCCUGCGUAGCAGGCGCUUGGAAGUAACGGCCGCAAGAAAGAACAGGGCGUGUCUCCCUCGGACGCGCCGUUCUUUCUUGCACCCAUAUCUUCCUAGCGCCUGUUAGUUUUGGCUUGAAUUGUGCUCAAAUGGUUCCAGAAGGGGCUGAAUCAGACUUUUGCCUUCAGGGCUGAGUUGUCUCUUUGGGGCUGAAACAGAUCUUUUUGAUUUUCAGUGUAUCAUGCACACUUUACUUCUAGGACAGAAAGAGAUAUAGAUUGAUGUUUUGAAAAAGGAAUUAAGCAACACAGCUUGAUUAAUAUUCAGGGUGGACACUAAAUUUGAGCUGGAGUAACAAAAAAUUAAGGUCAAAGAAUUGACACGGUUGUUUUGAAAAAAAUUCAGUGUUUCGGACUUCUGUACACUUUUUUCCCCGACUUAUCACGCGCUUAAAACAUGGUUCGAGUUAUCGAGGGUAAAACUGUAUAGAAGUGAUUUGAAGGGAAUGAAAAAUUACUUCGAGUUAGCGGGAGCUUCGAGUUAUCGAGGGUUUGAGUUAUCAAGGGUAAUAUAACAGUAAAUUGUGGGGGUGUGUUGGAGCAACUUGCUCGCUACACGAUGAGGUACUAGGAAUAUGAUUUACAUCUUGGUCUUUAUUCUUCUUUGACUUCUGCUGGCAAUCUUAAUCUUCUUACUCUUCUUCUCUACUCAAUCCUAACUCUUCUAACUAACUAGCCAAACAGCCGCCGUUUUUAUGUCCAGAGCUGGUAGUGUUUGGGUUAGCUGACCGUGAGAAUCAAAAUCAAGGUGAACUCGGUGUGGGUAAUGUUUUGGUAUAACUGAACCUACAUGGUUGUAAUCGGCAAGAAGCUACAAAUCAAUGAAAAACUAAAACGCUGGUUACCAAACCCAAACAGGAACUUUAACGAGACCAAUGAACCAAGGUCAGUUCUAACAUCACAAACACGACCAUCUAUGAAAACUUGCCAUUGUCAGGCGAACAAGAUUCCUAAAAUCUGAUUAAGUAAUGGCUCAGUCAAUUCCAAGCGUGCCCAUCCGCCCUGGGCAUUUGUCGGGCAUUUGUCAUUUUGUUUUGGAAAAGCUGCAAAUGCCCCACGGUGGGGCAGGGCCUUCAUACAAAAACCCCACGGUGGGGCUUGAAAAUAGGGUGCAAAUGUCCCACCCCGGGACAACACCAAAAUUGUAUUUUCCAGUAAAUAAGCUGCAAAUACCAUAUGGGAAAUUUCUAAUAAUCUGAUCAAAGCGCGUGAAGCGCCCUACGCAAAUCGCUCCUGCUCGCUAGUGAUAAUUAUUGCAAAAAAGAUCACAUCCAACUGAUUAAUAUCAAUGACAGAUCUAUAAACUAGAAUUUUAAUGAUACAUUUCUUAUUUUCGAAGACGUUUAAUGUGGUGAAUGAUAAACAACCGGUGAGCGAGUAUUUUCUCAUCACGAUGGAACCGUUUCGUCAGCGCGUUAAUUGUCGCAUUCAUCGUACAAUACACGAUUGAAGUUUAUAGUACAUAGUGUAGCUUUGAAAUAUCUCGCAAAGGUUUUCUAAGCCUUUCUGCCUGAACCAUUCAAGCACAACGAGUGUCUUUUCCUUUAAACUCUUCAAACAAUACAUUGCUUGUUUUUCCUCCAUGUGCAAAAUGGUCACGAUGGCGGGAAGCAUUUUCUUAGACAGAUGCAAAAAAUACUGUGGGAUAUAUAGGGAAUUGAUGGAACAAAAACCACACUUAUCUCGUUAAAGCGUAAUUGUUUAAAACAUUCUUCAUAGAAAUAUCUUAAGCUAUCUAAAUAGGCAUAUUUUUAAGUGAAAUGUUGAAAAAGGAACGUCGUUAACCGCUUCUAGAAGAAUUCACAAAUGCCCCACCCCCGGGAAGAGGUUUUCUGACAAAUUCUCCACCGCCGGGAUCGACAAGAUAGGGAACUUUAGCAACGACGACGGCGACGGGAGCGAGAACUUCAAAAAAGCAAUAGGUUUGAAAAGCAAAACAGCAACUUUGCACGUGCAGCACACUUUUUUGUACAUUUCUUUGCCGUCACUGCACGACUAGGACGUGAAAAUCACUAAUUUCACGUUUUAUGGAGGACGUAAUCAAGCAACAACGAAUUUUUUUCUUUCUCUUUUAAAACUUGAGUGUGGUCCCCAAGAAUUGUCAAGAGUUGACUGUACAAUAACUAAUGUUCAAUACAAUGUUCUUGAAUCUUGCGACUUGGAAACUGGAGCUAAAUAAAUUGAUGACAGUGUUCUUGUGAAGGACUUGACAAGCGAACCACUUGUAAACGUUUAGAAUAUUAGCAUAGAUUAUCUUUUAGUGGCGUACAGGACGAUUGCUAUUGAUGCAAAUUCAACUGGAAGAUAGCAGAGAAUUAAGGAAGUAUGAAGGCAGUCCAGGGAAAAUCGACUUAGGUCCGACUUUGCUCGAGGUUCGAGUUAGCGAGGAUUCGAGUUAUGGGGAGUAAACUGCAUAUGUAAAGCAGACAUCAGAUUCGUACACUUUAAAUUAUGUGAAAUAAAACAUAUAGGCCAGUAGGGAUUCAUUUACAGACAUUUUUCCUCAGUGCCAAAGAAAAAAGAAGUAUCAGGAACUUUAUGAAGGCCUACUGACAAGAGAGUCUUUAUUGAAGCAAGAGGUGACCGAUUUGAAACUCACAUUACAUCAAACUCAGCAAGGUAGUUUGAUUGUCAACUAAAUGGUGGUUCAUUUAGGGCCUGUUUACGUGGAGGUGGGGCACCCCAAGUAGAUGGGGUGACCCGUUCAGGAGGGGUAAAAAAACCUCGAUGUCAACAUUUUACCCCCGCUGAGAGGAUAACCCGGUCUGACAGACCGUGGCCGGAACCCACCUCGGUGGGGCACCACACCUAUUAUGUCAACGUGUGUUCUGUCGUGAAUUGUAAUACCUGUUACAGUAAAUUGUAAUAAAAGUUGUCGAAAAUUGUUAUUAUUAAGGUACCGUAAAUUGUAAUAUCGCGUUGUCGUAAAGGGACAAUUCGAAACGCCUUAAUAGUACAUCGCACAAAUGACCUCAGCGUGACAAAUUUGCAAUGUUUGUGUGACUUUUGCCUUUUUUAUUUUGAUGACAAAAGUCGUGACAAACGAGAAAUCAAGUGGCACGAGUACGAGAGUAAGCAAUGAAGUAUUUCUUCAACACAUUUAUGAUGUCACUGAUGACGUCAUUUUACAAAGUAACAUGAGUUAUCAGUUAUCAACACGAAAACGUCCCUAUGCCAUGGUGUUCCCCAGCCCCCGUGGGAACUAAAUUAAAAGAAGAUUAGAUAAUAUAGCCAAGAAUAAGGCGCCACUGUGAUAUUUUGCUUAGUGCUCACCAAAUUCUUGGGAGUGCGAUGAAUUACAGGAAGGAAAAAAUAUCAAUCGAGCUUUAAACUAUUAGAGCUAUUAAGUGCAAAGAGGUGUUAGAUUUUUGUGUUAUACAAAAGUGUCCGUUCGUCUUGUGUAUCAUUUGUGUAAAUAACGGGCAAGGUAACCACAAACCUGGUUAUUCAUCAUACUAUUACUCGCAGCUCAAAAAGUCGACAAACAGAAGUAAACGGCUAGCGUAUUGUUGAAAUUUUUUGGGAAAAAUAAAUCUUGUCACGCUGUCACACGGUUAAGUGGUUUUCCCUACACAUUUUUUUAUAAUUUUCAAACUGUCGUUAAAUCUGUCCUUAAGCACUAAGGGGGCCUAAAUUUUCUAGGCCAUUUCCGAGUGGCCCCAAGCCUCUGUUUCAAAGCGAGGCUAAGUGCAAAGCCAGUCACUUGAAAAAUAAUGAUUUAUUCUUCUGAUGAAAAUGAAACACUUAUCGUCGUUUUGAAAGUUAGGGUUUCUGGAACUUGGAAAUAACCAAUUGAGCAAUGAGCUCUUGAGGAGCUGCAUUGUAGGAUUCCUGUCGAAUCUCCUUUCGUUAUGUAUGAGAGAAAAUAGAACAAUCUUAGUUAUCUAAAAGCAUUCUUGGUGAAUUAUUGUUUAUUUUCAAGACUUAUUGCAAAAUAUUACAAUUCAGGACAGCUCGGCUUAUUACAAUUUACGAAAACUUGGUUAUUACAAUUCUCGACAACUGUUAUUACCUUUUGCGACAGGUAUUACAAUUCACGACAUUAUCAGAAUUCGCGACAGAACAAACGUGAUUAAAUUAAUAUGAGAUUAUAUAUGGACAGUUCCUACCUGGGGUACCCACCUCCAUGUAAGCAGGCACUAGGUUGUCAACUUGACAUCUUAUUUUUAGAGGCCGAAUUUACGUCUCUAACAUCGAUAAUUAUCUUUCUACAGUGCUUGACAUGGAGUUAGAUAGGAGAAGAACCACCUUGAUUAAUUCAUUCCCUCGGUAAGUGCUAAAUCAUCUUGUUGCCUUCAUUUUACUUAUGGUGUAUAUUGAUAUAAACACUUGUAAUUUUUUAUCUCCUUUACCACAUCGGUACUAAAGUAUGGAAACAUUACCUAGUGUUGACGAUUCACCUGUGGAUACACAGUUGCACCAGCACGAGAGCCACAGGACGCCAUCUGAGAGCAAAAUGGAUGAAACUAGUAGCACUUUGGUCAUGAUAGCUCAGAGCAAAGCACUUUUUGAUCGCCUCGAAAUGGAAGCUAAGGUUGGUAACAAGUUCUGCCUUCUCUUUAGGGGUGAUUAACAAAAUCCGACGAACAGGUAGCAAGCAGGAGUCUGGGGAGGUGGUACCAGCAGGGAAGCUGGGAAGGCAGAGCUGAGGAAGUGUCUUGAACAGAGGUCACGGGAGGUACAAGACUAGAACAUUAAAAAAGACGAGGACGAGAGCCUAAUUAUCAAAGACUGUGAUAUGUGCAAUUUGUAUGCUGUGUCUAAUGCCACCCGUUAAUUGUUUUUUAUUUGUUUUUGUGCCGAGUAUCAGUGAAGUUCAGUUGAUUACUUUAUCGGUAUUAUACCUUUGUAAAUUUGACCUCGCAAGUACUGUCGUGAGAUUCGGCAUAGAUUCGUGUUUUGAAACUUUUCUCGCGAUUUUUUCGCAGCACAGGUUUGCAUAAAAAUUUCGUCAAGUAGGAAAUACCCCUUAAGCGAACGUUUCCAGCAACAAGCUUUGUUAAAAUAACCAAGUGUCACUUUUUGCAAUGAUUACUGAGACGUAAACUUAGCAAGUCUCAUUUGUUUAAGAGGGGGUCACACAAAGCAACAUUUCGCUGAUGGAACUUACCUCGCAAUGUCACAACAAAAUGACAAGAAACGUUGCAUAAAACUUUUUUAGUGGACAUGUUGUACUGCUUAGAAAUUUCUGGCUUUGUUUCUUGGACCCACUCCAAACACAAAAUUUGUUGAUAUUGCAGGAAUUGGAGGAGUCUUAUCAGAAGUUUCAGUCCCGAAUCAAUCAGAUGGAACUAGACGUGUAUCCCACUGGCUCAGCGCAUUCACAGCCUGCUCAAAAUCUUACUUCGAUUGAAUAAAUGUAACUUUCUGAAACCAUUUUGCCCUUUCA